CCAGCGGGCAGCCAUGUUGCCCGACUUGGCUCACAGCUGUCGUCGCGUGCUGCAUGCCACGAGUUAGCAAGAACGUUGUGGUAGUGCAAACAGCAUCCGUUGACAACGUCGAAAAAUCCGCUUAGUGAUUUCUAGCAGAGUGCUAUGGAUGUCGAUGCUCACGAUGUAGAGAGUAGCGAGCAGGAUGACGAGUACGAAGAGGAAGAGAUUUUAGUGGAACUGAAGUUCGAAGGUGGCAACUUGCACGAACCUUUACUGAACCAAAAAGGCGUGCAUUUCAAGCUUAUAGGCGCCACUACAGCGAAGCCAGUAUUGCAGCUUGGCGAGCAGAUUUUCGCUGGUCAAUAUGUCGACGCCAUGGGGACUACUAUAAUCUUCGAGGAGGACGAGUCGAUGCCAUACUACGACCCCGUGUUUUCCACGAACCCAGAGAGUCCGCUGAGGUACUACGCGAGUACUCGCAAAUGCCUCGUUAUGUCACGGAUCUUCAUCAAGGAGAAGAAGGAAGGGGAAGAGGCACAGGGCGGUGAAGAGGAGGAAGACGAAAAGGAUGGGCAGUACGAACAGCCUAAAGCAGAGCCUUCGUCAGCUGGAGGCGAGAAAGGACUAGGAGAAGAGGGAGAAAGAGGCGUCCAAGGUGACGUCGCGGACGACGCCGAUUGGGAGACAGAAGAAGAAAAGUAACGUCUCAGUUACGUCAGCAUCUCGUGAAAGAUUCGCUACACAACUUUGCAUGUGAAUACGCAAGACAUUUAUCGUUUAACAAUGAUUUCAUUGUAUUUCGACUUAAUAAUCAAUGCUUUGUACCGAGGACUGAACAAAUACUGUAAUAAAAACAUUUUAUUGUGAUGUAAUUACCAUGCUUUGUACGAAGGAUAGAAUAUAUGAUACUGUAAUAAAACAUUUAUUUUUAUGUAUCUGCAAACAUAUGAAAUAAUAAUGACCUUUCCACUUUGUAAAUCACGCAAAA